GUCGAGAGCGCGGCGAUGGCUGGCGGGCUGAUGAGCUGGUUGCCUGCAAUAUUUCGGGGUUUUCUAUUGGCUUUUCUGGGUCUCGGAAUAUGGGACGUGUUGUUCGUGUAUGAAGAGAACAAGUGCAGCAUGACCUACAUGUUCGAGUACCCAGAAUAUAUUAAAAUCAAGCUUCCGAAUAGACUUACCAGUAAGUAUCCAAGUUACGGCCUGUACCUUUAUGGAGAGGGAGACUCUGCUGAAGCGCACAAGAAUCUAAAAGCCACAGGAAUCCCUGUUCUGUUUCUUCCGGGAAAUGCUGGGAGUUACAGACAAGUUCGUUCCCUGGGCUCUGUUGCACUAAGGAAAGCUGAGAAUAUAUAUAACAAGUUCCACUUCGAUUUUUUUAGCAUUGAUUUUAAUGAGGAGCUUGUUGCACUUUACGGUGGAAGCCUUGAAAGGCAAACCACGUUUGUACAUGCAUGUAUAAAAGUCAUUCUUAAACUUUACAAGGAUCAAAAAGCUGCACCCUGCAGUGUUGCUAUUGUGGGCCAUUCAAUGGGUGGCAUCAUUGCGAGAGCAUUAUUCACUUUACCCAACUUCAAACCUACACUGAUAAGUCUUAUUAUAACACAAGCUACGCCUCAUAUUGCGCCAGUCCUACUAUUGGACAGCUACCUCAUAGACUUUUACACCACUGUGAACAAUUACUGGAUUCUCAAGGAAAAAGAUUUAAGAAAUAUCACCAUUCUUUCGAUGGGAGGUGGUUUCCGUGAUUACCAAGUCCGGUCUGGUCUAACCAUUGUGCCAAGCCUAAGCCUUUACAACAAUACUCUAAAUGUUGUGACAUCAGCUGUCCCAAGGGCAUGGCUCUCAGUAGAUCACCUCUGCAUAGUUUGGUGCAAAGAACUGGUCCUAGCCACUAUUAGAGCUUUUUUUGAUCUCGUUGAUCAUCAGACUAAUCAGAUAACAACAGAUCUAGAGAGGAGGAUGUCUGUUCUUCACCAUCAUUUUGUCAACCAUUCAGAAAAAGACUCUGAGGAAAAUCUUGAGUCUUCUAUCUCAUUCUCAGAUUCAUCUGCUACAUGGAGUGAAAUAAAAACAUACAAAUGGACUUAUAUCAGUCCAGAGUUUUCUGCAUGGGAGCCCAAGGCAACAUAUUUUAUUUUACCGCUUCCAAGUGAGAGGGAACCCUACAGUAAUUUAUAUUGUCGAACUACAAACUUGGAACCCAGUAACUGGAUCUAUGGCUGUAUGAAAAUUAACCAGUCUGUUUGCCAAGAAAGCAUUGACUUGACCGGGGAAGCAGAAUUACUGAAAAUGUACAAGAUAGUGAACUUCAAUCUGGAUGAGUACCGUUCUUUCUCUCAUUUUAUCAUUCAUAUAUCUAAGGCUAGUGUUAAUAAACGGUUCAGUAUAGACUGUGAAUUCUUGACAGCAAAGUCCAGAAUGAUGUCCACCCCAGUAACAAAUGUCCUGUCUUUGGGUGCCUCUACCAACAGAAUUGUUAUAAACUCUACGGGUCUAGUGCAUAAGAUACAGCUUCAGGACUUUAACCAGAUAUAUCAGGCUUUUAAAAUCCAUGUAAGGAGUCAAUGCCAGUUCAUCCAUGGGAAGACAGAGGACGUGUACAGGUUUCAUGUACCAUGGUCGCAUGAAGAUUUUGUUGUAACAACAAGUGUACCAUCUUCCACUGUGCUCUUUGCCAAACUUCACAGAGCAAGACCUGAAAAUGAUAGCUCUGUACCAGAAUUGCAACUUCACACUGCUAGAAGUUGUCAAUAUGAGAUAACCAUCAGGACAUCUUUCCUUGAAGUACUUGGGCAGCUGAUCAGAUUCCAUGGUAUAUACCUGCCCGUGUAUGUUGUCGCAAACAUUCUAUUAGCAUUUGGAAGACAAUUAAUGCAUCUUUAUUCUGAAGGUCACUGUUUGGAUUUCAACAUUGCCUUAAAUGCGGCAGCAAAACCAUACAAAGUUAUUCCAUUUGUCAAUCUUUCUGUGUUUCUUUUAAGAUAUGACUGGUUUAAGGAGAUAUGGUCUUUACUAAUGCUGCCUGAAAUUGACAUCCUUACUUUAAAUGAAGAAGGCAGCUGCUACCCAAUGAUAUCUAUUCUCCUUUUUUUAUUUGGAACAGCUAUUGCCUAUUGGAAUGGAAUAUUCUUGCGUUUGUUACUUAAACAGCUUUCCUUCUUGUGGUCAAUCUUUCACAGGCCAUGUAUUAUUAAAAAUGAACAUAAGCCACUAAAUUUUCGAAGUUCCAGUAUUAUGAUUCUCCUGCUCUUUAUCACCUGGAUCACCUGUGGUGCUGCGGCCCUCAUACUUGGUUACAUUCUUUAUAUUGUUAAGGUCUUAAGCCUGCAAUCUUCAGUGUGCACAAUGAAAGGCAUUCUUAAUUUGGCACCAUAUCAAGAAGAUAUGAAGAAAAUUACAAAAGAAGGAGGAGACAAGUCUGGAAUGAGAGAGCAUGUCCUGAAAGAACCAGAACAGCCAGGCUCAGAUAGAUUUAAACUGCUUUCAGUUUCAGAUGUUGACAGCGCAGUGGAUACCCUUCAGAUUCACAUUACAAUCCUACAUUUAUUGAACUGGAUUAUUCUAUUUAGUGCACCCUCAUUCAUUUACUGGUUUAAAAAUCUCAGGUAUUCCAGAAGGCUUGAUCCUGACCCUUGUGGUUUUGUUGCAAUUAUUCUGGUGUUCUCCAUGGGAGUUCUCAUUAAUUCACAUUCAACUUCAGUGAAGAGAAGCAAGCUACUGAAACACACAGCAAGACUGCAGCCCCUCUUGGCCAUUGCCAUGGCGGCCUUCGGACUAGUGCACUUGUACAGGGUUCCUUACUUUGUUACAUUUUCAUUGGUUUUACAUGCACUUGGUUGCCUGGUAUAAAUUACCAUGUAACAUGAUGACUUGCUGAUUUAACCCAUUAUACUUGCAGCAUCUCACAAAAUGUAUGUUUUGUAUUUUUUAAAAACAUAAAUGGUGCUAACUAAUUGUAGUUAGUCAUUAUUGGCAUGCCUUUGCUGAAUUGUUACAUGAUGUAACUUGUUAAAAGUUCCCAGUUUUUGGAAAAUUCAAGAUAAUUUACGUACAGUUCUGUAACAUUUUAAUUUUCUUGCUAUAAAUGAAACAUCCAGAGUAUCAUAUCUUCAAGUCCUCUUCAAGAUGAUGCUCUGAAUUAGAUUGCUGUCAAGGCACAUUGCAAAAUGCCUUGUGGUAGCCUUUUUUAAAUUGACCAUUUCAGAGCUUUUGUACGUAACACCUUUGACCAUAUUCAGAUAUCUCCAAAGAGAUUUGAAUAUGAUUUGGUUGCCUAUAAUUAUAAUUUCAGUUUAAGAGGUCCAAAGGUGGUUUUGAAUUUUUGGGAUUCUAGCUUAAACUACCCUAAAUAAAGCGAACCUAAGAGAACAAAAGCAAAAUAAUGCAGAUGCUGGAAAUCUGAAACACGAACAGAAAAUGCUGGAAAUGCUCAGCAGGUCAGGUAGCAUCUGUAGAGAGAGAAACAGAGUUCAUGUUUAAAGUCGAUGAUAUCCAUCAGAAAUGGCAAAGGCUAUAGAUGUAACAGGUUUUUUAAAAAGUAUAGAAAUGGGGACAAGGAAUAAAAAGAAUAACAUGGAAGAUUUGUGAAAGGGUGAAAUGCAGGAGAGAUUAAAUGACAAAAUAAAUGAUGGUACAAGGCAGGAGGAUAGUAAUGGGACAAGUGAAGAAACAAAAGACGGGUCUUGAGGAGGUGCAAAUGGCAAUGGCUGAAUCAUUAUCAACAGCUCCUGUCGAAAGAGAAAGUGGGAGCAGUAGCUAUGAUCUGAAAUUGUUGAACUCAUGAACUCAAUGAGUCUGGAAGUCUGUAAAGUGCCUAAACGAAAGAUGAGAUGCAGUUCCUCUAGCUUCCUUUGAGCUUCAUUAAAACGGUGUAGGAAGCCAAGGACAAAAAGGUCAGAGUGGCAUGGAAAACUAAAAUGACAAGUGAACAGAAGCUCAGGACAGAAACUAAUGGACUGAACAGAGGUGUUGAGCAAACAACCACCCAGUGUAGAGGAGACCACAUUAUGAACAACAAAUACAGUGUUCUAAAUUGAAGGAAGUACAAAUAAAUCACCUGGCACUUGGACAGUAAGAGCGAAAGUAAAACGGCAUGCGUUGCAUCCCCUGUGCUUGCACAUGCAGGUGUUGUGGGAAGGGGUUGGGUUGUUGGGAUUGUCGCCAAAGAAGCUCAACGAACAGGACCUCAUCUUCCUUUUCAGCACUUCACAAUUUUCUGGACUCAAAAUUUUAGAUCAACAAUUUAACAGCAUUAUCAAAGAUCUAAUUUUUUUUUGGCAGAAGGUUCUGGUAUUGAUUCCGUUGUUGGCAUUAACGCCUCUUCUCGACCCAUCUUUUGUUUCUUGACUUGUCUAUUACCAUCAGCUUUUGCCUUGCACCAUCAUCCCUUUUGACAGUUAAUCUUACUUUACUUCCAUCAUCAUUUUGAUCUUGCCUCCCCUACUCAUUUCCCUGCAUCUGUACUUGCUUAAAACCUGUUACAGCUCUAACUUUUGCCAGUUCUGAUGAAAGGUUAUCGACCUGAAAUGUUAACUCUGUUUUUCUCUGCACAGAUGCUGCCAGACCAGUUGAGUGUUUCCAGAAUUUUCUGUUUUUUGAGCAUCCUGACCGGAAGUCUAGACUUUUAGCUGUACUGAAAGCCCAGCGCACAAGCUUCAACUCCCCUCAUGUCAAAUUAUUCUACUUUUUAGCCAAGUAUUUUAAUGGUGCACUAUAUAUUAGAAGAAUAAUGCUAGAGUCACUUUAGCUAUGGGGAAUUCUGUAAACUAAACUAUCUGCAAUGGGAGACAUCAGUAUGGGAGCCACAAAGGGUAAUAAUGCAAAGGAAUAAACAGGGCUCUAAAAUUAUACCUUGAGAUUCCAGCAUGCAAAAGUAAAAUGUUCAUCUGAAGUUGUUCUUUCUACCAUUUUAAUAAGUCAUUAAACAUUUUAAUGUAUCCUCUAAAAUAACAGAAAAAUCUCAGAUGACUGUAUUUAGCUUUUGUAUGCUACUACCCAGUGCCAUAAUUUGAGGACUGAGGGCAUUUCAAAACUUGAGAGUAUUGCUUAAAGUGGCUUCAGAUAGUCUUGGUCAUCAGUUGAAAGUACAAUAUGAUUGGAAGACCUUCCCCUUGUCUAAUACUACAACAUACUUUGUGCAAAAUAAAGUUGUUAUCUUUGCCCUUGCGAUGCAAGCAUGCCAGAUGGACUUUGAGAAUGUAAUAUUUGCAAUCUUAUUCUACAAAACAGGAAGUAAAGAGUAGUAUUGAUGAUGUGCGCAAAAAGUCAAAAUUUAACAAAUGUCUAUGAUGACAUGUUUGAAAGCUCUUUAUUAUAAAUGUUUUAAAGUUUAAAUAUUUUGAUACCCUACAAAACAUUCUUUAAAAUUGAGUUAUCAUAUUUCCACGUGUUUUCUUGCCUGUGUUGAGCUCUUUAUUUACUCCUGGUGGUGAGGAUGGGCAGUAGCCUACUCUCUGACUCCACAAGUCCUGCUUAGUAAGUGCUCAAGGCACAGAUGAAAUGUGCACAACGACCCCCUCUUGUCUGCAGUGUCAUCUCUAACCAUAUAUACACAUGUGCAAUGGACAGCUAACAUUGAAACAUUUGGAAAAUAAUUAAGGCAUCUAAAGCUGUGCACUUAUUAAAAUAGAAAACAACAUUGGACUAGUAUUACAUGACAGAUUGCACAUUUCAUAAUAAUACAGGUAUUUACAAAGAAUGCAAAAGACAUCUAGAAACAGGAAUCAUUGAAAUUCCUGUUUCCUGAAAAUUGGAUAGAGGAAUUUCAUUUAACUCAUGGUUUCAUCAAGUUGAAUCCAGUUGUGCUCUAUUUAUAGAUCUGAUUGAAAUUGGGAACUCAUUAUGCUAAGAAUCUCAGGUUGGUCGGGAAGUCUAAUGACUCCAUGCUGCAUGAUGGUAUCUUAGCCUACUGUGCCACCAGUCCAUCUUCACUACUAUUUUAAGUGAUUUCAAUUUUUUUAAAAUCAACUGCAUAUAUUCCACUAACUUCUUAGAGAGUGCAGUGUCAUUGCUCCUAAGGACAGUUCCUGGAACAACAGGCACAGGCUUAUUAUAAAAAUUUUGAAUUUUUAUUGCUUAUACUUAGAAAAUGGCAGCUUCGUGUUUGGAUGAAAGGUAAAGCCAUUGUCACACAAAUUUCUACCCAUUUUACUGACAUCCAACUAGGGGAAAAUAGUGAUCCUGUUAUCAUCAUAACCUGUAGCUGGCUUUUGCACCAAAGUAUCAGUCAAUCAACUAGCCAAUCAUCUACAGGUUUGAAAGUCAGUACAUAAGUUUUCCUGUGCUUUGACCGUAAUAUCACUGUUGUGACUUACUAAGACACAGAUUUGCAAUGGAACCAGUUCCCUGUGCUUUAAUCAUUUGAAAGGGUAUUUGUGAAAAUUGUGUGAUGCAAACAUUUUUGUAAACUAUUUAGUGAUGUAAACUAUGUUAAUUUUGGAAUAAGGUUGUAUCAGUAAUGUUUGCAAGGUUUAUACAAUCUAAUGAUGUACAGUUUCUAACUGUGAUAUGUUUUGUUUGUGGACAAUCAGUUGUGGUAUUAGUUCAUACUUAACCAAAAGUCAGUAAUGCCAUUUUUAAGAAUUAAACCUAAUUUGAAAACA